AUGCUAAGAAACAAAAGUCUAAACAAAUUUUUUAGAGUGCCAACCAUUAUGUCUCAGAAUCUCAAACGGAGCGCGUUAACAGCAAAUCUUACUUCGGAAUCAAGAGUAACUUCGGAUGAAUUCAAUAAGCAUUUGCGAAAUGAAGUCGAACGAGAGAGGGAAAUUCAACAAAAGAAGAAAAUAAAGAGAACCAAGUUAAACAAACGGUCAAGUUUAAUUGAUAAGUCCACAUUCCAAUCGCGAGAAAUAGGGAACAAGAAGCCUAAGCACAGACAGGUUGAUCCAGAAUAUGAAGUUGAUAUCGAGGGACCCCUGAGGAAAAUCAAGCCAUAUUAUUUUACAUACAAGACAUUUUGUAAAGAACGCUGGAGAAAUAAAAAACUGAUUGACGUUUUCACGUCGGAAUUCCGAGAUCGCGAACCUGAGUACUAUAUGAAAACAAUUGCCAGCGGCAGUGUUUAUUUGAAUGAUAAGGCCGCAGGCUUGUCCAGCAUAAUUAAAAAUGGAGAUCUAAUUACACACAAAGUACAUAGGCAUGAGCCCCCAGUCACUUCAAGGCCCAUAAAAACUGUUUUUGAAGACAACGACAUCCUGGUUAUUGACAAGCCAAGCGGUAUACCUGUUCACCCAACUGGCCGUUAUCGGUUUAAUACGAUCACGAAGAUGUUGGAAAGAAAUUUGGGUUUUGCAGUGAAUCCGUGUAAUAGAUUGGAUAGACUCACAAGCGGGUUAAUGUUUUUGGCGAAAACGCCAAAGGGAGCUGACGAGAUUGGUGAUCAGUUGAAAGCUCGAGAAGUUACCAAGGAAUACGUGGCUAGAGUAAUUGGCGAAUUUCCAGAGACAGAAGUAGUAGUUGAGAAACCAUUGAGAUUAAUUGAGCCAAGACUUGCUCUUAAUGCGGUGUGCCAAAUGGAUGAUGAAGGCGCCAAGCAUGCGAAGACCGUUUUUAACAGAAUAAGCUACGACGGAAAGACAAGUAUUGUAAGGUGCAAACCUCUCACUGGACGAUCACACCAAAUUAGGGUACAUCUGCAAUACUUAGGACAUCCGAUUGCUAACGAUCCGAUUUAUUCGAAUGAAGAAGCAUGGAGUAGCAAUCUAGGCAAAAAUGGAGGAAUAGACUUUGAUACAGUUAUCGCAAGACUGGAUGAAGUAGGAAAAACCAGACCGGCCAAAAGUUGGUAUCAUAAGAAUUCCGCUAACGGUGAGGUAUUAAGACAAGAAAAGUGCACUCUUUGCGAAUCUGAUUUGUACACUGAUCCCGGUCCUAAUGAUCUUGAUCUUUGGUUACAUGCAUACCUAUACGAAUCAACCGAGACUGACGAAGAAAGUGGACAGAAAAAAUGGCGCUACAAAACGGAGUAUCCAGAAUGGGCCCAAAUAACAUAG